AUAAGAAGGACUGCGGUUGAACAGAAUUAGAAUCGGCAUCACUCUGACAAUCUUCAGGUCGUGAGAAUCAACCCAGUUUUUAUAGCUAUUUGUUUCUUCGCAACAUGUACAGCAAUGGACUUUUGCUGUAACCUGCAGAACUGGAGGACUGCAACAUUAAAAUAAACAAACAUGGGAUCAUCCGAAUCAAAACCUGCUGAACCAGAAGACUUAGCACCAAAACCUGCAGCGCCGGUUCAAGAACAAGAACUGGACAAACCAUGGAGGAGUUUUAAAUGGGACAAUAUAUCAGAACUGAAAAGGAGUCUCGAAAAAUUCACUCCAAGUGAUCCAAAUGUUAAGGACAUCAAGAUUCUUGUUGCUGGUCAAAUUGGUGCAGGAAAGUCCAGCUUUAUAAACUCCAUCAAUAACGCUUUUCAAGGUCGGAUCACAUCAGCAGCGCUUGUUAAUUCAUCUUCUUGUGGUAAAAGUUUCACAACUAAACUGAAAGGAUACCGCAUCAGAACAGGAAAAGUCACUUUGCCCUUUGUCUUCAGAGACAUAAUGGGUUUAGAACCUGAUGUAUUGGCUGGAUCUCAAACAGAAGACAUCAUCAAUGCUUUAUUUGGACAUGUGAAGGACGGCUAUGAAUUCAAGAAGAACCCACUCACUCAUGAGGAUCAACAUUAUACCAGUGACCCCAGUCUCUCUGACCAGGCUUUCUGUCUGGUUUACGUCAUAGCAGCUGAUACAGUCAAAAUGACAGACGACAAACUCAUUGACAAGUUGAAGGUCAUCCGACAAAGAAUCAGUGAAAGAGGGAUUCCUCAAGUGAUUGUCAUGACUAAAGUGGAUGAAUGUACACUGGUGAAAAAUGAUCCAAGAAAGAUCUACUACAGCAAGAAGAUCAAAGAGAAGAUGCAGAUGUGCAGUGAUAAAGUGGGUGUGCCAAUGAACAACAUCUUCCCAGUGAAGAACUACCAUGAUGAGAUUGAAACUGAAGAUGAUAUUGAUGUUCUCAUUCUGAAAGCAUUGGAACAGAUUGUAAAUCUCGCUGAUGAUAGAUUGAUUGAAAACAGUGAUAACUGACAUAAAA